UUUUUCUUUACGGAAAGUGGGAAAUUUCAUUUUGUUAAGUACUGUACUAAUAAACUUCUAUUCUUGGCGAGGUUUCUAUACCUUAUUGGCUCCCACGUGGUUACAGAUUGUUGACUAUUUAGUGGACCAUAUGGGCAGUUGAACCUGAAUACUAAUGAUCUCUUGGUGCCAUUGUAUUUUGUGUAAUAAUAUUAUCUUGAAAUUCUGGUUAGACCUUAGAAAGCAAUAAAUGCAGUUUUCACAAUAGUGUUUGUCUUUAGGACUUGCUCCAAGUUCCCUUUAUGUCUCUUUUAAGUAUCUCAAACCUACCGUGAGAGUAAAAGCGGCCUCUACAGCAUUAAGUCUCUUUCAGAAAUCUUGUAUAAGAUAGGUGAAGUGUGGUUUCACAAAUGGCGGGAGUAAGCAGGAAAAUAUCUGCUGCAGCAGCAAGGUCUCAUACCAGAAAACCAAAGCAGAACUCUUUAGAAGUUUCAUCAGGAAUGUUUCGGAAGAUAUCAUUAGUUUUAUUAAUGGGAUUUAUGGCAUGGGCUUAUCAAACCGUUCAACCUCCACCGCCCAAGAUUUGUGGUUCUCCAGAUGGCCCAUCUGUUACAGCAUCAAGAGUAAAGCUCAGUGAUAGAAGAUAUUUAGCUUACAAAGAACAUGGGGUAUCAAAAGAUCAAGCAAAAUAUAAGAUUAUUUACAUUCAUGGGUUUGAUUCCUGCAGACUUGAUUCCAUGCCCUUGUCUCAGGAACUGGCUAAAGAACUAGGCAUCUACAUGGUGUCUUUUGAUAGAGCUGGGUAUGGUGAGAGUGAUCCAAAUCCAAAACGAACUGAGAAAAGCACAGCUUUGGAUAUUGAACAGCUUGCUGAUCACUUGGGUCUGGGAUCCAAAUUUUACGUAAUUGGAUUCUCUAUGGGAGGUCAGGCAACUUGGGGUUGCCUCAAGUACAUUCCUUAUCGAUUAUCAGGAGCAGCGCUACUUGCACCGGUUGUCAAUUACUGGUGGCCAGCCUUUCCAGCUAAUGUAUCAAAAGAAGCCUACAAUGAACAACUUGUGCAGGACCAAUGGGCACUUCGGGUAGCUCAUUACGCCCCAUUACUCACUUACUGGUGGAACACUCAGAAAUGGUUUCCUCCUUCUAGUGCAGUUGCUCACAAUCCUGCUAUUUUUUCACGCCAAGAUAAAGAACUCUUCCCCAAGUUAGCUGAGUGGGUGAAACAUGCGGCACAAAUAAGGCAGCAAGGUGAUUUUGAGUCUCUCCAUCGCGAUUUGAUGGUUGGUUUCGGAAGUUGGGAGUUUGAUCCAAUGAGUGAUAUUGAGAACCCUUUUCAGAACAACGAAGGUAGUGUUCAUGUCUGGCAAGGAGAUGAAGAUUUGCUUGUGCCUGCUUCCCUUCAACGAUACGUUGCAGGAAAGCUUCCAUGGGUUCAUUACCACGAGCUUACGGGUGCAGGGCAUAUGUUCCCUUUUGGUGAUGGUACAAGUGAUGCUAUCUUAAAGGCACUCUUGCUUGGAGAGAAGUAGAGAUAACAGCUAGUUGAAAUCAUACUUAUUAUUCUGGCUCAAUGUAAUACUUUCAUCUUUGGACGAAAUUUUGGUCGAGUUUUAAAUAGUUUUUUCAUGUUGC